ACACCAUUUCACUAGCAUCAAAAUUCGUCAAAAUCAAUUAAAACUACAAUAAGAAAACAAACCAAAAUGUCCUCUGCUAUAUAUUUGGAAAACUAUUUGGAUGUAUUAUCCAAUAUAGGAUUAGAGUCCUUACCCACUGAGUUAGAAAGGAAUUUUAAGCUAAUGCGAAAACUGGAUGAUCGAGCACAAACUGCCAUGAAAAGCAUCGACAGCCAUGCCAAAGAGUUCAUGAGGAAAUUGGCCGAAGGUUCUAAUCAAAUGAGCGAAGAGGAACGAAAAGAACGCCUGGCAGACAUACAGCAGUUAUUCAUAAAGGCCAAGGAGUACAGCGAUGACAAAGUUCAAUUGGCCAUACAAACAUAUGAGUUGGUGGAUAAGCAAAUCAGACGCCUGGAUAACGAUUUGGCCAGGUUUGAGGGAGAAAUCCAGGAAAAGGCUUCAUCUACGCGUGGCAAAUCCGAAGAAGCUCAAGUUAAAAAGGGACGCAAGAAAGCCAAAGACUCGAAAGCCACUGGGAAAAAGAAACGCAUCACAUCUUCGGAUGAUGAGGCCAAUAAUAACACAGCUAUUGCGGCCUCUUCGAACGCUGGCCAAGGUGGUAAAAAGAAAAAGCAGAAGGUAAAUCAAGAAAAAGAAACACGCAAGGGGGGUCAAAAGCAGAAAAAUAUUGACUUGGAUGAUUCUGAAAAGGAAUCCUGCCAUACGGCCGCAACCCAUCCCAGCGAUGUAUUGGAUAUGCCAGUGGAUCCAAAUGAACCGACAUAUUGUCUGUGUCAUCAAGUCUCGUACGGAGAAAUGAUAGGAUGUGAUAAUCCAGAUUGUCCGAUUGAAUGGUUCCACUUUGCUUGCGUUGGCCUCACUACAAAACCCAAAGGCAAAUGGUUUUGUCCGAAAUGUACGCAGGAUCGAAAAAAGAAAUAAUCUCAUUACUUCGCGGGAGUUUUUUUUUGUAAGUUAAGUGCUAAAAUAAUGUUUAGAUAUUAAAACUUUUAUACCAUACAUAUAAGUGUUUUUUCUUUAAAUAAAAUUAUGAUUUAUAGUAAAUUCUAUUAUAAAUAAAAACA